AUGACGGACCGGUACACCAUCCACAGCCAGCUCGAGCACCUCCAGUCCAAAUACAUCGGCACCGGCCACGCGGACACCACCAAGUGGGAAUGGCUGGUGAACCAGCACCGGGACUCGUACUGCUCCUACAUGGGCCACUUCGACCUCCUCAACUACUUCGCGGCCGCCGAGAACGAGAGCAAAGCCCGGGUCCGCUUCAACCUCAUGGAGAAAAUGCUGCAACCGUGCGGCCCGCCGGCAGACAAACCGGACGACUCGUAA